AUGGCGGCGGGAAAAAAUUCUUCACCGCGCAUUUCAAACGCCUGGUUUCAAACCGUGCUUUCGAUCGGAAGAUUCACUGAAGACCAGCGAAAGGCGUGUGGCCAGCUCACCACCACAGCACGACGGCAGCGAGCCAAGUCACGCGGGAACGCACAAGUCGCGCGCACGAGGGCACGCCACGCCUCGAGGGCCGCGCGGAGAAAAGACACGCAGAAGGCAAUCGUACCGUCGCAGUGCGCCGGCAUGGAUGCCAAGAUGCAGCCGGUGGGUCCGGACGGGAAGCGCCCGAGGCGGGAGCCGCCCGUCUUCUACCCAACCAUGGCAGACAUGAGGGGCUCGUUCGAGAAGUACAUAGAGUCCAUCGAGGAGGACCUGGAGGAGUUUGGGAUCGGUCGGAUCGUGCCCCCCGCGGGCUGGACCCCGCGCCAAGAGGGUUACGAUGACAUUGACUUCACCGUUGACCAUCCCAUCAAGCAGCACGCGACCGGCCGCAAGGGCCUUUUCCGCACGCUCCUCGUCGAGCAGAAGCCGCUGUCCAUCAAGAACGACUUCAAGCCCGCGGCGAUGCUCAAGGAGAACCUCCCAUCCGAGGCUGCGCUCAAGGACACCUCGAUCCUGGAGCGCGAGUUUUGGAAGAAGGUGACGUACAAUCCGCCCACCUACUGCGCCGACGUCGCGGGGUCGCUCUUUGAUAAAUCCAACUGGGGCUGGGACGUGAGCCGCCUCGACUCGCUCCUCUCCAGGACCCUCAAGCGCAAGAACAUCACCCUGAAGGGCGUGAACAGCGCGUACCUGUACUUCGGCAUGUGGCGCUCGCUGUUCGCCUGGCACACGGAGGACCUCGACCUCUACAGCGUCAACUACCUGCACUUUGGAGCUCCCAAGUUUUGGUACGCCAUCGCUCCCGAGGAUCGCGAGCGCUUUGAGAUUUUGGCUCAGGGUAUGGUGCCCGAGAUGUGGCGCGCGUGCCCGGAGUUUUUGCGACACAAGGAACUGCUCAUCUCCCCGACGCUUCUGGAGCAGAACGGCAUCCCGUUCACGCGCAUGAUCCAGCACCCCGGCGAGUUUGUCGUCACGUACCCUGGUUCUUACCACAGCGGAUUCAACACCGGUUUCAACUGCGCGGAGAGCUGCAACUUCGCCACGGAGGCGUGGGUGGAGUACGGCGAGUGCGCCGGUAGCUGCGAGUGCGUCCCAGACAGCGUCAAGCUCGACAUGUCCAUCUUUGAGGAUGAGGAGAACGGCGUGUGCAAACUCGUGGACGAGGACGACUACACGCGAGUCAAGCGCAGCCGAGUGGGCGAACCCAGGCGCCGGCCCACGAACGAGGAGGACGCCGCGCGCAGGCGCGAGGAGGCGAAGAAGGAGAAGGAAGAGGCCCGGGAGGAAGCCGCGCGGGAGGCGGCCGCGAAGGGUUGCGGCAGGGCGACGCCGCCGCUGCCGAGGCUCAGGGUGCCAGCCGCCGGCGAUAAGGGAGUGUUGGUCCCCGAGGGGUGGAAACGAACCGUCGUCAAGAAGCGCGGAGACAAGGAGGGCGCGAGGGAGACGACGUACAAGUCCCCGGACGGCAAGACGCUCCGCUCGAAGCAGGAGCUCACGCGGUACCUCGGGUCGAACCCUCGGUGCGGCGCGACGCUUCGAGACUUUUACUUUGAGACUAAUGCGGAGGACCUUCCCCCGACUCGGCUUCUCGCGCCGGGCACGCCCUCGCCCACCGCCUCCGGCGAUGACAAGGGCGCGGGCGAGGGUAAGCGCAAGGGAGGGUCGCAGGGCGCGUCCUCCGCGGGCGCACGCGCCGCGCUGAAGGUUAAGAACGGCGGAGUGAGCAAGCCCUCGGUUGCCAAGCGCGGAUCCGCUUCUUCGACUCCCAACGCCAGGGACUCGUUGGGCGGCUUUCUUGGCCUCGAUUCCAUCCGCAAGACGCUCAAGAUGGAGCCCGUCGCCGCCGGCAAGAAGCCCGCCGUCGCGAACGCGUCUAACGCCAAGUCCACGAAGGCACCGUUGAGUCGCAACGCCCGCGCCAACGCGGUGCCCGUGGAAGAGGAUACGUUUCGGCGGUGGAAGAGCGGGGGUUUACUGGAGGGCGCCAUCGCCAAGGUGAUGAAGCGCGCGAGCGGGGUUGGCAAGUCCAUCCGCGGGAGCUCGCUCGUGCUGCAGGUGGAGCAGGCGCUCGGCGUCGGAACCGGUUCGCUCAGGUCGCACGGGAACCAGAUCCAGACCAUGUCCAAGACCAUCUCCAGGCGCGCGAGGUGAGUCGUCGGACUGGACUGACGAGUCGGCGGAUGUAUGUCGGGAUUGAGACGAGCGUACGACGAACGCGCCCGCGGCGCGACGCGAAGGGGUCACACUACGCACAUUCGGGAGCAAUGUCUGUCCUUUUGUUUUCAUAAUUGGGGAACGGGGAACGCACUAUUAGCGCACUGGCGCCUGAGCACAAGGCUGCCGGAAAACACACACGAGUUGAAAUAUUACGAAACUUUUAAAUGGUC